AUGGAUGCGCCGUCGGGCGCCGGAGCUCGCCGGGCUCGCGGCGGCCUGGGCGCGGCCUCGCCGACGUCUUCGGGCCGCUCGGCGCGGGCCCCGGCUGCGCCCUGGGCGCGCUUCUCCGCCUGGCUGGAGUGCGUGUGCGUGGUCACCUUCGACCUGGAGCUGGGCCAGGCGCUGGAGCUCGUGUACCCAAGCGACUUUCAAUUAACAGACAAGGAGAAAAGCAGCGUCUGCUACCUGUCCUUCCCCGACUCCCACUCAGGUUGCCUGGGGGACACUCAGUUCACCUUCCGGAUGCGCCAGUGUGGAGGGCACAGGAGCCCCUGGCACAACGAUGACCGGCUGUACAACAGCAGGGCGCCCGUGGCACUGCAAAGGGACCCAGCUCACUACUUCGGCUAUGUGUACUUCAGGCAGGUGAAAGACAACUCCGUGAAGAGGGGUUACUUCCAGAAGUCUUUGGUGCUGGUGUCCCGCCUGCCCUUUGUCCGGCUCUUCCAGGCUUUGCUCAGCCUCCUGGCCCCCGAGUACUUUGAUAAGCUGGCUCCCUGCCUGGAAGCAGUAUGUAACGAGAUUGACCAGUGGCCAGCUCCAGUGCCUGGGCAGACCCUGAACCUCCCUGUCAUGGGGGUUGUCCUCCAGGUGCACAUCCCAUCCAGGGUGGACAAGCCUGAGUCCAGCGCUGUGAGGCAGUGUGACCACGAGAACCUACUGCCAGCCCCGGUGGUCCUUGCCAGCGUCCAUGAGCUAGACCUGUUCAGGUGCUUCCGGCCUGUGCUGGCUCAUGUGCAGAUGCUGUGGGAGCUGAUGCUGCUUGGGGAGCCCCUGCUGGUGCUGGCGCCUUCACCCGACAUAUCCUCAGAGCUGGUGCUGGCCCUGACCAGCUGCCUGCAGCCACUCAGGUUCUGCUGUGACUUCCGCCCCUACUUCACUGUCCAUGACAGCGAGUUCAAGGAAUUCUCCACCCGCACACAGGCUCCACCCAACGUGGUCCUGGGAGUCACAAACCCUUUCUUUAUCAAAACGCUCCAGCACUGGCCCCAUGUCCUCCGUGUCGGGGAGCCCAGGAUGUCAGGAGACCUUCCGAAGCAGGUCAAGCUCAAGAAACCCUCGAGGCUAAAGAACCUCGACACUAAGCCAGGCCUCUACACGGCCUACACAGCCUACCUGCAUCGUGACAAGGCCCUGCUGAAAAGGCUGCUAAAGGGUGUGCAGAAGAAACGGCCAUCGGAUGCGCAGAGCGCCCUGCUGAGGCGACACCUCCUGGAGCUCACUCAGAGCUUCAUUUUCCCCCUGGAGCACUACAUGGCCAGCCUCAUGCCACUGCAGAAGAGCAUCGCACCCUGGAAGACACCCCCCCAGAUCCGCCCCUUUUGCCAGGACGACUUUCUGCACAGCCUGGAGCACGCCGGGCCCCAGCUCACCUGCAUCCUGAAGGGUGACUGGCUGGGCCUCUACAGGAGGUUUUUCAAGUCCCCCCACUUUGACGGCUGGUACCGGCAGCGGCACCGAGAGAUGGCCCACAAGCUGGAGGCCCUGCACCUGGAGGCUCUGUGUGAGGCGGACCUCGAGACCUGGAUGAAGGACAAGUCCGAAGUGGAGGUCGUCGAUCUGGUCCUGAAACUUCGGGAGAAGCUGGUGCGGGCCCAGGGCCACCAGCUCCCUGUAAAGGAGGCAACGCUGCAGCGGGUUCAGCUGUACGUCACGAUGGCCAUUGGCUCCCUGCCCAAGGACCUGCAGGCUGUCCUGUGCCCACCCUAGGACCAGCCCGGAUCCUCAGGCCCCUCCCUGCAUCACAGCCGCCUGGCAGUAAAGCUGGCCUUCAGAAGCACAGCCUGGUCCCUGCCUGGGGGACUCUGCUGGCAGAGCUUGCUCUUGCUGGGCCCCACCUGCUCCCCACAGGCUGCGGUGGGGAAGGGGGCGGAGGGGCGGCCGGGACCCUACUGGUCUGGGCAGGCCCACUGCCCAUCCCUUCCUGCUGCCCAUCUGCCAGAACCCCAGGCCUUGUGCUUGAUGUGCUCGUCAGCCCCAGCAGGCUGCCCAGCCCGCUGGACAGGCUGGCUGGGUGGGCUGCGCCCGUCCCUCACACAGCCCACCCACUUCUUGUCUGGAGUAACAGGGAGCUUGCCCACAUCACCCACUUGGGAGGGGCAGAGGCUGCUUGGCCAUGUGCAACAUGCUGCCUGCUGCCCGCACUGCCCUCUCUGGAUGCUCGCCCUGUCCCCAUGUAGCCCAAGGAACCCUGGGCCCAGCUGGAGCCCCAAAUCUCGCUGGGGGGGCCGCCCAGCUCCUUCUCAGAAUUGCCACCUCCAGGGUGCUGCCCUGUACCUCCCUGAGUGCUGGACCCUGGAGGGCGGGAUUGUCACCACUCACUGACUACAUUGCCCAGGCUGGUGGGGGGUAAGCACCGGCGUGGACCCAGAGCUGUAGUCCAGCUCCACUCACAGCACCCACAUGCAGCUGAGAGUGCCCCGGCCCCUCAGAGCCUCCCACUGCCCAUUGACUGCGGCACCUGGACAAGGAGGUGAGGUCCUGGCAGAGCAGAUGGGCUCAAGGCUGGGUCUGAAGCCAAGGCUGGUACCACUGUAGCCUGAGACAUUCUGAGUGCUCCCCAGCUGGCACCUGCAGUGAGGUGGAGUGCUUAGCACUCGGCUUCCAAACUGGGCCCACUGCAGCACCGCCAUACACUGUGUCCUGCUGACCUGUCCAGCCCAGACCAUCCCCAUCCUUUUUAUUUAGUUAGUUUUGGAAAGUCAAAGUGACAAGGAUAAAGGUUCAUUCCCUAGAUGGCCGGGGCUGAGUCAGACUUCGGCUCCCAUGUGGAUGGCACUUCUGCU